UACGGCAAUACCAAUGCGCAACAGCCAGAGCACGCUCUCAGUCUCAGAGUCAGAGUAGGCAAAUUGCCUCCUUUGAAAUCUCUAGAUAUAUAUACUAAAACAAAGUCGGAGGAAAUGACUCCGUCUCGCUCAUCCCGCUCUCCGACUUCUUCCUCAACUGUUACCAUCCUAUCCAAGUCCACCGUUUAUCCUGACAGGAGAUCUAACAUGGCCGACCUCAAGCUCUCUGUCUCGGACCUUCCCAUGCUUUCCUGCCAUUACAUCCAGAAGGGCCUCAUCUUCCCACAGCCUCCCUUCCCCUUCCUCUCCCUCCUCACACAGUCCCUCUCCCGCGCCCUCUCCAUCUUCCCCGCCCUCGCCGGUCGUCUGACAACCCGUCCCGACGGGCGUAUCUUCAUCUCUUGCAACGACGCUGGCGCGGACUUGAUCCACGCCAUCGCUCCCAGCUUCACAACUAGUGGCGUCCUCCCGGCCUGUUCUGAUACCACUCCUGUCUUUAAGGAGUUCUUUGCGCUCGACGGGUGUCUUAGCUAUGAGGGUCACAUCCAACCUCUAGCCGCCUUCCAGAUCACUGAACUCGGGGACGGUGCUGUAUUCAUUGGUUGCACCGUCAACCACGCCCUUGUUGACGGCACUUCUUUUUGGAACUUCUUUAAUGCAUGGGCCGAGCUAUGCCGCACCGGCGGUCCAAAGGUCUCCCUCCAGCCAGACUUUCGCCGGAAUUAUUUUGGCGAUUCUAAAGCAGUGCUUGAUUUUCCGGAUGGUGCAGUCCCCAAACCAACAUUCCCCGUCGAUGAUCCCAUACGCGAGCGCAUCUUCCAUUUCACCCGAGAGGCCAUUCUGCAGUUGAAAGACAGGGCAAAUCUCUCUCCUUCCAAACAGCAAGCCGUCAGUGGCUCCAUGGAUGAGAUUUAUGGGAAACAGACGCAUGAUCGGAAGGCAGAUGAGAUAUCGUCCUUCCAAUCUCUCUGUGCGCAGCUGUGGAUAUCCGUGACGCGUGCACGGGUCAAACAUCUCUCGAGUGAGGCCACGACAACAUUCAGGAUGGCGGUCAACUGCCGACAUAGGUUGGUGCCACCCGUAGAUACAUACUACUUUGGUAAUGCGAUCCAAAGCAUCCCCACGACGGCCUCAGUGGGGCAAGUUGCGGCCAAAGAUCUUCGUUGGGUCGCUGGGUUGCUGCACCGCAAUGUGUUGGCUUAUAACAGCGAGCAAGUGAGGAAAGCUGUGGCGGAGUGGGAGGUUGCACCUCGGUGCUUCCCCUUGGGGAACCCAGAUGGCGCUGGAAUCACGAUGGGCAGCUCCCCCAGGUUCCCCAUGUACGACAAUGACUUUGGAUGGGGUCGACCAUUGGCUGCACGGAGUGGUCGGGCAAACAAAUUUGACGGCAAGAUAUCCGCAUUCCCUGGCAGGGACAGAGAUGGUAGCGUGGACCUCGAGGUAUGUCUUGCGCCGGAGACCAUGACGGCUCUGUUGGAUGAUCACCACUUUAUGCAGUAUGUCUCGCAGCAUGCCAUCCUUCCUGUGCACUCCUCCAAGUAAGAACGUACGGAGGGUCAGCUGUUGUAUGUUUCUUUUGGCUUUUAAUAAACUUCCUGUAUAUAAAUUUGGUGUGUAUUUGUCAACAUGCCAUCCUUCCUGCGCACUCGUCGAAGUAAGAACGGUGGGUCUGUUGUAAGUUCUUUUUGGCUUUUGACUGCCUGUGUAUAAAUUUGUCCUUGCUUGGGCGUGCAAAAUAGAAUUAACCCACCGUUCAUAAUAUAUGUUUGUGUCGCCUCAAACUAUGUUCCAGGUGCUUCAGAAUCUCAAAUUAUCAUUA